AUGUCGAGUCAAAAUACUCAAUCUUUAGAUCAUUCUAGUAUUGACCUCGAAAAACAAAGUACCCAGCACUCUUAUGAAGAUGCAGGAACUGGCUUGGAAAAACAAAAUACCCGCCAUACUUACGACCAUCGACAAGUUGGUUCUGAAGCCGAUUUUAAUGAGUAUGUAAAACAAUAUCCCGUCGUCAAUAAUCCAGGAGAUUUUAUUGUCACUUUGAACGGUCCAAACGAUCCCGAUUUGGCUGUCAAUUGGCGUUUGGCGACAAAGCUCCAAAAUAUCGCUGUCAUGGGAUGUGCCUGUCUCUGGGUCAGUUUCGGUUCCUCCUCCUUUUCUGGUGCUAUUCCCGCAGUAAUGGUGAACUAUCACGUUGGUAAAACCGUCGCCAUUCUUGGUAUUAGUCUCUAUGUGUUGGGCUUUGCCUCAGGACCUCUUGUAUGGGCACCAAUGAGUGAAGCUUUUGGUCGUCGUAAACCUAUGAUCGUCGCUGUUUUAAUCUUUAGCAUUUUUCAAAUUGCUGUCGCUACUGCCAAGGAUAUUCAGACUGUUAUGAUUUGUCGCUUCUUUAGCGGUUUCUUUGGCAGUUCUCCUGUCACGACAGUCGCUGGCUCAUUUUCCGACAUGUUUAGCGCUCGAACAAGAGGCUUGGUCAUUGCAGCGUAUGCUGCCAUUAUCUUUAACGGUCCUCUGGUGAGUCCUAUCGUUGGUGGUUUCAUCGGCAAAUCUUAUUUAGGCUGGCGAUGGAUCUCUUAUCUUACAGCAAUUUUGGGAUUUUUUUCGUUGAUAUGCAUGCUUAUCUUUCAUCGUGAGACGUAUACGAAAACAAUUACUGAGGAACGAGCAAAACUGGUUCGAAAAGUAACCGGCAAUUACUGCCUACAUGCCAAAUCUGAAGAAGAGCCUUUAGUACUGUCGUACUUUAUCCACAAGUACUUGACCCUCCCUCUUCGUUUGCUGCUGUUUGAGCCCAUUCUGUUGAUCGUGUCUACAUAUACUGCUUUCGUCUAUGGUAUAUUGUACGGUUUAUUAGAAGCUUAUCCUGUAAUUUUCGGUGAAGCCAGAGGAUGGAGUGAAGGUGUUAUGUCUUUACCCUACCUUGCCAUUUUAGUAGGCGUAUGCAUUGGUUCUAUUAGCGUUGCUUUCUUCCAACCAUAUUACUUUAGGCAAAUGGAAAAGAACAAAGGCAGACCAGCGCCUGAAGCACGACUUCCUGCUAUGAUGCUUGGAUGUAUCGUGUUUCCUAUUGGCAUUUUUUGGUUAGCAUGGACGGUUCCUACUUUAUCCGGUAGUUUUGUGGGGUUUGGUAUCAUUACGAUCUUUCAACAAAGCAUAAAUUACAUCGUUGAUUGUUAUUCCGGGGUUUCUGCUUCUGCCAUUGCAGCUAAUACACUUUUUCGGAGCUCUUUCGGUGCCGCUUUCCCUUUAUUUACUACUCAAAUGUUUAAUAAUUUAGGAAUUGGAUGGGCUGGCUCCUUAGUGGGUUUUGUUGCUGUCGCUCUCAUUCCCUUCCCCUUCUUACUCUUCUUUUACGGUUCUAAAAUCCGCUCGAUGAGUAAACUAUGUUUGAAAGAUUCUGAUUAA